CCUUGCGCCUGCCCGGACUUCCCCCAAGUGGGGGCCCCAGCAGCCCCUCGCGGGGGGCGGGGGACGUCAGGUCGUCAGUUCGAAGGCACCGGCGGCCGGGAAGGGGAUCUUCAAACUCCUCCUCGCCAUCUCCUCUCCGCCCCUCGGUUGGCCCCUGCCCUUGGAGAAAGUGGAGUGUGGCGCUCGCUGGUGGUUAUUCCUUCGGACUGCUUGGCGGGGCACGGAUUCGGCUGCUGCCCGGUGAGGUCCCCCCACCCCACCCCCGCCAACCCCCCCGGGCACCCCUCGAUCGCUCCACCAUGAGGAAAGGACUGAGGGCCACCGCGGCCCGCUGCGGACUGGGGCUCGGAUACUUGCUGCAAAUGCUCGUGCUACCUGCCCUGGCCCUGCUCAGCGCCAGCGGCACCGGAUCCGCCGCCCAAGAUGACGACUUUUUCCAUGAACUCCCAGAAACUUUUCCAUCGGAUCCACCUGAGCCUCUACCACAUUUCCUUAUCGAGCCUGAAGAAGCUUAUAUUGUGAAGAACAAGCCUGUGAACCUGUAUUGUAAAGCCAGCCCGGCCACCCAGAUCUACUUCAAGUGCAACAGUGAAUGGGUUCAUCAGAAGGACCACAUAGUGGACGAGAGAGUAGACGAGACCUCUGGUCUCAUUGUACGCGAAGUGAGCAUUGAGAUUUCAAGGCAACAAGUAGAAGAACUGUUUGGGCCUGAAGACUAUUGGUGCCAGUGUGUGGCCUGGAGCUCAGCGGGCACCACGAAGAGCCGGAAGGCCUAUGUGCGCAUUGCCUAUCUACGGAAGACAUUUGAGCAGGAGCCUCUGGGAAAGGAAGUAUCACUGGAACAGGAAGUCCUACUACAGUGCCGGCCACCUGAAGGGAUCCCAGUGGCUGAGGUGGAAUGGUUGAAAAACGAAGACAUAAUUGAUCCGGUUGAAGAUCGGAAUUUUUAUAUUACUAUCGACCACAACCUCAUCAUCAAGCAGGCCCGGCUCUCAGAUACUGCAAAUUAUACCUGUGUCGCCAAAAACAUCGUUGCCAAAAGGAAAAGCACAACAGCCACUGUCAUAGUCUAUGUUAAUGGUGGUUGGUCCACCUGGACGGAGUGGUCAGUGUGUAAUAGCCGCUGUGGACGAGGGUUUCAGAAACGUACAAGGACUUGCACCAACCCAGCCCCACUCAAUGGCGGGGCUUUCUGCGAAGGGCAGAGUGUGCAGAAGAUAGCCUGUACUACCUUAUGUCCAGUGGAUGGCAGGUGGACCCCCUGGAGCAAGUGGUCUACCUGUGGCACUGAGUGCACCCAUUGGCGCAGGAGGGAGUGCACCGCCCCAGCCCCCAAGAAUGGGGGCAAGGACUGCGACGGCCUGGUGUUGCAAUCCAAGAACUGCACAGACGGACUGUGCAUGCAGAGUUUCAUUUAUCCUAUACCAACUGAGCAGAGAACCCAAAGUGAAUAUGGAUUUUCCUCUGCUCCUGAUUCCGAUGAUGUUGCUCUCUAUGUUGGGAUUGUGAUAGCAGUGAUCGUUUGCCUGGCGAUCUCUGUCGUGGUGGCCCUGUUUGUGUAUCGGAAGAAUCACCGUGACUUUGAGUCUGACAUCAUUGACUCUUCGGCACUCAAUGGUGGUUUCCAGCCUGUGAACAUCAAGGCAGCCAGACAAGAUCUUCUGGCGGUACCCCCAGACCUCACGUCAGCUGCAGCCAUGUACAGGGGUCCUGUCUAUGCCCUGCAUGAUGUCUCCGACAAAAUCCCAAUGACCAAUUCUCCAAUUCUCGACCCACUGCCCAACUUGAAAAUCAAAGUCUACAACACCUCAGGGGCUGUCACUCCCCAAGAUGACCUCUCUGAAUUCACCUCCAAGCUCUCCCCGCAGAUGACUCAGUCCUUACUGGAGAACGAGGCCCUCAACCUGAAGAACCAGAGUCUCGCCAGGCAGACGGAUCCAUCCUGCACUGCCUUCGGCACCUUCAACUCUCUUGGAGGCCACCUCAUCGUUCCCAAUUCAGGAGUAAGCUUGCUGAUUCCCGCUGGAGCUAUUCCCCAAGGGAGAGUCUACGAAAUGUAUGUGACAGUCCACAGGAAAGAAAGUAUGAGGCCAACCAUGGAGGAGUCUCAGACACUUUUGACCCCCGUGGUGAGCUGCGGGCCUCCAGGAGCCCUGCUGACAAGACCUGUGGUCCUCACUCUCCAUCACUGCGCAGAUCCCAACACUGAGGACUGGAAGAUCGAGCUGAAGAACCAGACGGCACAGGGACAGUGGGAGGAUGUGGUGGCGGUUGGAGAGGAGAACUUUACUACACCCUGCUACAUUCAAUUGGAUGCAGAGGCCUGCCACAUCCUCACAGAGAACCUCAGCACCUACGCACUGGUCGGACAUUCUAUCACCAAGGCGGCUGCCAAGCGACUGAAGCUAGCCAUCUUCGGACCCCUCUGCUGCUCCUCCCUGGAGUACAGCAUCCGAGUGUACUGUCUGGAUGACACACAGGAUGCCCUCAAGGAAGUUUUACAGCUGGAGCGGCAGAUGGGGGGGCAGCUUCUGGAGGAACCUAAGGCUCUUCAUUUUAAAGGCAGCACCCACAACCUGCGCCUGUCCAUUCAUGACAUCGCCCAUUCCCUCUGGAAGAGCAAGCUGCUGGCUAAAUAUCAGGAAAUUCCUUUCUAUCACAUCUGGAGUGGGUCUCAAAGAAACCUUCACUGCACCUUCACUCUGGAAAGGUUUAGCCUGAACACCGUGGAGCUGGUGUGCAAACUGUGUGUGCGGCAGGUGGAAGGAGAGGGGCAGAUUUUCCAACUCAACUGUACCGUGUCAGAGGAGCCUACUGGCAUCGAUCUGCCUCUACUGGACCCGGCCAGCACCAUCACCACCGUCACAGGGCCGAGCGCUUUCAGCAUCCCGCUCCCCAUCCGGCAGAAGCUUUGCAGCAGCCUGGAUGCCCCACAAACCAGAGGCCACGACUGGAGGAUGCUGGCUCAUAAGCUGAACCUGGACAGGUACUUGAAUUACUUUGCCACCAAAUCCAGCCCAACUGGCGUCAUCCUGGAUCUCUGGGAAGCCCAAAACUUCCCAGAUGGAAAUCUGAGCAUGCUAGCAGCUGUCUUGGAAGAAAUGGGAAGACAUGAGACGGUAGUGUCUUUAGCAGCAGAAGGGCAGUAUUGAUUGACCACAUUGGAAGUGAAAAUGUGCAGGGAGGAGGAAAUCCAAACCAGACCAAUGGGCUUCACAGGCAAGAUGGCAGCUCACAGGCAAGAUGGCAGCAGAGAGGGUUGGGGAAGAUGCCACUACCGACCCACACGCCCACUUUCCUCGGACAGCACCUCGGGAGAUAAGAAAAGUUGUGUAAAUUUGUACCUUGAAUUUAGACAUCACUCUAAUUUUCCUCUUAGUUGGGCUGUAUGCUGUAUGGUACAGGAUCUUACAGUUUCCUAGGAAACGCUUUUUAUUGCUAUCCAGCUCUAUGGAUAAACUUUCUUAACAAACCCAAUUUCUACAAAUGUUGUUUACAUCAGAUUGGACAGGGAUGCAGACACUGUCCAUGGCUGGUUCUAUUUUUGUUCAAAAUCAUUGGGAAUUGAAGCUGUGGACGGUUUGUUGUGUCUAUUACAGAUUAGUCAUUUACAGAGAAAUCCCAGACUUCUUUUUUUUUUUUUUUUUUUGGCUACAAAUUGUGUGUACAUCAAGUGCUUCAGACAAUAGCCUCCCCAUCACCGUUCCCUUCUGGAACUUCGUAGAACCAGUGUUACCAUUUUGUAUCAGGGAAGUGCUAGGAGAAAUGAUUGAGUCCUUAAUGCCUGGGGGAGGGAGUGGGGUCAUUGGAUGCCCUUUGGGAAGACAGUUGUGGCACUGCAGGGAAGACACUGACUCAUGUUCAACCAUACUGACAUUCCUUCAUGACAUGUCUUUGUAAUAUGCGAUGACAAGUGCUUUAUAAAGGUGUCAUUCCUAUCAUUGUUAUGGAUACAUAUUUACAAGUGUUCUAGUAAAAUGAUCCUCUUUUAGUUUCGGUUUUAGUUAGCAGUACUGUUAGUGCUUGGUAAUUGGCUAGGCCUGCUUCUUCCGUGUGUGGUAAGUUGGUACAUGGGCACCGGUGUAGUUCACUAGGCAUUGUUUCCUUGAAUAAUGACUUUUCUAUACUAUUCCAAGAAGGUAGUCGAUCCUCAUUAGCUUUGUCCAUCUGUGCGUUCAGCUUGCUCAGGCAAAGUCUUUCUGCUCUGAGUCUUAUUAUGGGAUAGAUAGUCUAUAAAGUUCACUUCAUCUUGUGGUUGUGAGUUCCAUCACACUUGGUGUACCUGAGGGACAGUACAGUUGGUAGAACAGUCCUCAGAUUGGAAAUAAGGACAUGAGUUGUUGUCCUGUACUGAAGGCUGUCAAUCUGUGCUACCUCGGGAAAGGCACUGCAAUUCAAUCAAGCUCAGUUUCUGGUAAACUAAGGAAAGAAAUGAGAUCUUCUCAAGCUUCUCUCAUGGAGGGACUUCCAUUACCAUGCCUCCAGUCUCCUCUGUCAGUCUGGACAUCACAAUGAACUGGGAGCUAGAUUUAGAUGUGGGCUGGCCUUUUGCCUGGGCUACAUUAUGCCUUGCCACUUGUGUUGAUUUGGAAGAGAACAAUUCUAACCUUCCAGAUGUUUGUUCAGCUUUCCAGUCUUGUCCUUGUAUCGCUGUACUAUGUUUCUCAGUGAGCUAUGACAUUCUUUAAUUGUCAUUUUCUUGUCCUGUCGUGGGAUCCUUGCCCUUCUAGCCUUCCUGACUGGAGGCCCAUUUCACCAUUCUAUUACCUUGAUCUUCAUAUCAAGACCAAUCCUAGAAGUGCACCCAGCAGGAUGAACUUGGUAUGUUUUCCUAUCCCCAAACCCAUUAGCCUUUGUUUUAAUAGUAUUCACUAGCAUUUGUAAAAGUUAAUUAGCUCCUUUAGCCUAUAAAAUGUUAGUCAAAAGACAACUUUGUGCAAGUUAUGAGGUUUCCUUUGGGACCAUGGUAGACUCUUUCAGCAGAUCUGGGAAGAAGGGUCAACAGAUCAAUAAUCAAACCUGGACUAUGUAUGUAGCACCCACAUGCUUGCACCUGAACCCUCAAAACAUAAGCAACCCUGGUUUGCACAGGGACAGAGAGGAAUCCAGCUUUCUGACUGAUUUUAGUUGAGAAAUCACUCUGUGGAUUGCCCAUCUUCCCACAUAUAUUCCCUCUCCUAUUACUUCUUGGUAUUAGACUCAUCUUUCCUCAUGGAAGGACUUUGUUUUCCAGCCUCUUCCUUCAUGCUAUUAUUUCUUAUCUUCUAUUUUACGAUAUAUAGAUGCAUAAGUUGAGUAUAAUCUUUAUCUGAUCAUCCUAGGCAUUGUAAUUUCCAUGCAUAAAAACACCUAUUCCACUGAUGAUAGAAGGGGAUAAGCAAAUUUAGAUGAUCACAUUUACACCAAUGAAUUGGAAUCAAAUUGAAAAAUCUUAAAGAAGUAAGUUUUAAGAAGAGAAGAAAGGAGAACUGUUGUCCAUUGCUGUACCUUGAAAUAAACUUGCUAAGAUCAUUCUUCAGUUGUAGAGUUGUGAAAUUACCAAUAGAAAUCAGGAACUGAAAGCCUGAACUGAAUGCUGAAAGGAAUUUCUCUGCCUCAUGAACAAAGAUAUAGUGGAACAAAGAUAUAUUUAUCUAGAUGAAUGGGUUCCAAAACUUACUUCUUAAUUUAAAAAAUCAUGACCACAGUGAUUAUUAAGCAUAGUAGGCAAAAUAUUGUUGGAAGUGAUGCAGGCUUCUUAUGGUUCAAAAUCAUCUCAAUAUGCUUGCUUUUAAGCCCUCACCAUCAACUUAAGAAAAAGGAAGAGUGAUUGAUUUCUUUUGAGGUGAUCAUUGGUCAUGUAAAAUGUUUUGUGUGGACUGGGAAUAUGGCCUAGUGGUAAAGUGC